ACGCGCUCGUGAAAAGUUCCAUGUCAUUUGGUCGCUUAUCAAGGGGAGUAACGUAGAAACAUGCCCAAUUUUAAAGAGAAAGUUAUAAUAGUUACUGGUGCUAGUUCAGGCAUUGGAGCAGCCACAGCUGUGCAUUUGUCCAGUUUAGGAGGAUUGCUAACAAUUGUAGGUCGAAACGUGGAGAAGUUAAAGGAGACAGCUAAUAAUAUUGUGGCUGCCGGUGGUGCUCCAGCUUUGUUGGUGCAGGCGGACAUGAAUAAGGAGUCGGAUGUGGAAAGAAUUCUUAGGGAAACACUAAACGCGCAUGGUCGCAUUAAUGUACUAGUAAACAAUGCGGGGAUUCAAGAAAUGGGUAGUAUUGAGAGCACCAGCCUGGAACAGUACGAUCGUUUGAUGCAAACCAAUGUGCGUGCGCUCUAUCAACUUACCAUGCUCGCUACACCAGAGCUGAUUAAGACCAAAGGCAAUAUAGUUAAUGUGUCUAGUGUCUGCGGCAUGCGCGCUUUUCCAAAUUUACUGGCUUACUGCAUGUCUAAGGCGGCUGUGGAUCAGUUUACAAGCUGUGUGGCGCUGGAACUGGCAGCCAAAGGAGUCCGUGUAAACGCAGUAAAUCCCGGCGUGAUUGUUACCGAGUUGCAAAAGCGUGGCGGCUUGGAUGAGGCAUCCUACGCUAAGUUUCUAGAGCGUUGCAAUGAGACACAUGCAUUGGGACGUCCUGGAGAUGUGCAGGAGGUUGCAGCAGCUAUAGCCUUUCUAGCCAGCGAUGAGGCUAGCUUCACCACUGGCAUGAAUUUCCCUGUCGACGGCGGACGACAUGUAAUGUGUCCACGUUAGGAGGCACUGUAUCUUUGUUUAUAAAAUAUAGUUGUAAAACUCUGUUAAUUCUAAAUACAAGCUUAUUUCCAUGUAACUUUAUU